CGCCACAGCACUUAGGCCCGAAUCCACAAAGAUGAGCCUGCUACUUUGCUCCCGCGACGGCUGAACUCGAUGCGUUGGAAGAGUCACUCAAUGAGAAGUCAAGGGAAGGAAAGCCGCAAUCGCAUUAGGUCCAAUCCAAUCGAUUCAAGUUUAAAAACCCGCCCACCUGUGGGUAUACCUAUAUACACUAACGCGCUGCCGAUUCCUAUAACCGGACCUCCACGUCCCCUCCAGAGGAUACCUUACAUGUGGCCCAUCGAUCAACUACGGAGCCCAGGGAGCCAUGGCCGCCGAUUGUUGACGACUGCUUCAGAUUUCAAGGGUCCAGGCCCAUUUUCUACAUGUACGUAUGCCACGGAAAGUGGUCGCGGGAACGCCACAUGCAGCAGGGACGAGCAUUCAGGACUUUGCUUUUGUCCAACCCCCCAGGCAAUGACAUUGUGUGUAUGUAUACCAUAUUAUGCUUCCUUGGAGGGAAUUAUUUGGGAUUUUCAGACACUUAUCAAACUCAUCUCAUCUUUCUUAUUUAUCAAUUAAUUAAUGACAAUUCCUGUUGCACCUACUCCGCACUUUUGUCGUGAUCCUGAAAAUCUGUCGCCGCGAGCUCGGCGGGACUUCCUUCUUUGUUUUUCCCUCAUACCUCAACCUCCUCCGACUGCGGAUGCGAAUGCGGAUGCGUUUCGCAGCCAGAUGGGAUAGUGCGUUCCAAAACAUCAAGGCUCAGGCAGGUUCCAACGCUUGGAGAGGAACCUACCUAGCUCUCUUGUCUUGCCUCGAUUCUAUUUGUUUUUCUUGUGGAAAUAAGACGAGAAAGAGAGAAUCAUCUCACGAGACCUCAAGUUUAGCCACCAACAACUCAGCAUGGUUGAUCACCAGCUCAAAUAUACAUACAGUAUAGCUGACGAACCCCGGAACCAUGAGUGGACAACAAUUAUUCUUGCUCGGGCAAACACCGCCAACUUUUAGGACCCACGAUGUUGGGCUUGUCCAGUGCGUCAAGAAUCGAGAAGCUUGCUCUUCAGCCGUGUCAAUGGUCAAGGGGCGCUAGGCACGUCCGACCCAAUGGGCCUUGAAUUUCCAAGAUCCAAAUACUGAUCUGCUCUGCUCUACUGGCUGUACCAAAUAACACCCAGCCAAGCGGAUAGACUAUCGACCAAAGCGCGAUCUAUACUUUGGUGUCGUUCUGCAGUGUACAUGGCAUGUGCCUGCUCGAAGUUCCGUUAACCGCCUCAAGCACACAACCCGGCCGUUCUCGCACGCAUGGCAGCCUACGCUUGCCUGAAUCCGGACUGGUCAGAGUCAACCCUCAACAGCCGGAUAUCGCUUGUCUACAUGUAUUUGUUACUCUUCUUGACCAAAACACCAGUUUGAAAGCCGAGUCAUGACGCCCGUUUCUAAGCUGUGUUUCGGCAUUACCUGCUAGGGAUUUGGUUCGUUCAUGUUGAUUUUCGAUAUCACUACAUGGAAGUCACCACGAUUUGAGCCAUCCUAUAGUAUCGCGUCUGUCACUCACUGGUAAGAUGUAGUAUGCAAGUUGAAACAUAUCUGGUACCGAGGCAUCUGCACGACUUCGGAUGAUGGCUUAGUGGAGUCUGAACAUUGCUAGAUUUGUCCAUACUGGCGUUCGCGUCUGUGGCAAUUUACCGCACCGCUCUCUGCAUCUCUUCCUUCAUUGAGGCAACUUCAGAAAUGGAUAUUGAAUAUCGGGGAAUGAGAGAGCUUGAAAGUUGAAUGAAUUUGGAACGCUUCAUCAAGACAGACCCACGACCGUGCGUGAGCUUGGGCUAGGGGUCGCCCUGGCAGAUUUAGAUGGCGGAGCCAUACUACCAGCCGCCACAUACAUACAAUUCAGCCCAGCAAGAGGAUUUUCAGGGUACCUGGUCGCUGGUUGCUCGAUACAGACCAAGUUCAUGGGCCUGUACACCCGUCGCAGCGAAACAAAUUAAUACUCUGGUUUUGGGGCUGUCACCUCGGCUUCUGGAGAUGUACCUUCACAAGUGAGGAAAGGAUGAACCGCACGACGUUAAUUCUCCCGUGGUGGCUGCCAACUAAAAAGACAAGACCAGAGGCUCUUCAAUAACACAUGCCGUCGGUGUGCCUAUCCAGACGCUCAUUGGACGAGGUGGUUCGUCGCAAUUGCGGCUCCGAACCACCUAUUUGAGACUUCGUUCUGGAAACAUGGGCAUCGAGCAACACACGAACGAGUAGAUUCGGGGAAUACGGAGCUGGGGGGAUGGGGAAUUGGAGCAUACGUCUAGAUGCGCUGUACCACCAUUUGUUGGCGGAGAACUCUGGGGACCUGGCUAGACUUCGUAUCGUGUUACCAAACAAGCACCAGACAGUCCUCGCAAGUCAAAGUACAAGAUUUAGGUACCAAUCUACGGAUACUAAGUUUGAGGUUCAUUCAUGGAUGCUCCGAAAGACAGGGUAUCGGGCACCUAAAUUCUUAUUCUUCCCUUGGACAGAUUUGAAUUGACAGGGCUUGAUAUUGACUUUGGCCAGCUUGUGUCUUUUGGGAACUUCACCAACAAGCUAUUCAAUUUUCAUUAGAAGAAUCAAAUAUUCAAAGCAUGCAUUAGCCGGCAGCAGCAGGCAAAAGCAAUCCCUGGCUACAUACAGAUGCUUAUUUUAGCCGCAUGUGUAAAUCCCGGUGAGCUGCACGACGACGUUGGAC